GCUACCCAGCCGAUUCCAUUCGUCGAUCGCCACCCCGCGGAGAAGAGAAGACGAGAGAAGAGAGGAGGACCUGGGGGACGAGGAAUCCCUACGAUCUCGGGAGCUCGGAGCUGUGGAGGCCAUGGCGACGGCCUUCUCCUCGUUCCGCUACGCUGACAGCCUCGUGGUGGUGGGGAUCUCCGUAUGCACCGCCUUCCUCUGCGAGGGCAUCUCGUGGCUCCUCAUCUACCGCACCUCCACCUACAAAUCCCUCCGCUCCUCCAUCGACAAGGCGUCGAAGAAGCUUGAAUCCAUGAAAUCCACCUCGUCCUCUGCCGCCGCGAGCGCCGGCGCCGCUGCUGCGGCCCCCGCUGCCUCCUCCAAGAAGCCCUCCUCCCGGGCUAAGAAGAUGGACCGGGUCGAGACCAGCCUCAAGGAGUCCACCCGCGACCUCUCCCUCUCCAAGUUCAAGUCUGGUGCCGUCGUUGCCGCUGUCCUUUUCGUCGUGUUCGGUCUCCUCAACUCUCUGUUCGAGGGCCGGGCCGUUGCAAAGCUCCCCUUCUCGCCAAUCCCUUUGGUGCUGAAGAUGAGCCACCGAGGGCUCCCGGGAACUGAUCCCACUGAUUGUUCCAUGGUCUUUCUUUACUUCCUUUGCUCCAUUAGCAUCCGGACUAAUCUCCAGAAGUUCUUGGGGUUCUCGCCCCCGAGAGGGGCCGCUGGGGCGGGGCUCUUCCCCAUGCCUGACCCCAAGACCAGCUGAUCAUUGGAAAUAUGAUGGUUUCGAUUCAAGUCUAUUAAUUGAUCCACAAGAGGGCAUCUUACCGAGGGACCAGGGUGGAUCUUUUAGUGAGAAGCAGGUGAGCUUAACAAAAAUAGAAUUUGAGUUGGGAGGACAAAGUAUAUCAGUUUCUUUAUUUGUGCAAGCAUGGAUUUGGUGGGUGACUCUACUGGAGUUCCAAUGAUAAUACACCUUAAUAUUUAAUUUCUGACUGAAAUUCAUGUAUUGGCUAAUGAGGAAUUUGUAACAAACCCACAUCUAGAUUCAUGACCUAAAAAUCAGUGAGGUUUUGGAAUUCUCUAAUAAUAUCCUGGUUCUUGUUCUGAUGUAGAAAUCUCACUGCAUGUAUUCAAGUACAAGAAUACCAGCUUAAUCUGUUAUUGAACAUGAGCAAGGAAAUGGAAAAAUUCUUUCAAGGGGGAUAAAUUGCCAGUGA